GGAAGCCUCUUAAGCUUCCUGCCCCCUUCCACCCUCUGAGCCACUCUUGUUGUCAGUCCACAGGACUUUGGGACUUUCGUUUGUGCAUUGGGGAUAUUUAAGGGAAGAAUUUGAGACAACCGGAGCCCCUUUCAAAAAUUUGUUUCAUCCUCUGGGUUUAGCUAUUAAAGUACAUUUGUUAGAAGGAAAUAUUCUUUAGCUAGUAGAGUUCAACCAAAAAAUACCCAAUGUACAAUUCCAGAAAGGCCUUUUUCACCAGCGAAGAGCAGCUUCCAUCAGGAGUGACAACAGGUGAACUGGAAUUACGUGAAGAGGUCGCAGGGGGAGGGCCUGGCUCCUCACCAGGGUGGCAAGUGCCCCUUAGCCCACAAGCCAAAGUCAGAGCCAGCAAUCAGAGUCAGGUCCUGCUGGGAGAGAUUCGAAGGGGAGGCUCAGUUCCAGGGGCCUGAGUGGUUUCCUUUCCUGUUGCUUUGUGGGAGGCAUCCUGAGGAUCUUUGAGGACUGUAGUGACAACGAGUGGGGGCUUCCUGCUGUUGCUCUCUGGGUUUCCCCUUUGUCUGCUGGUUUUCCACUCUGAGCUUUCUCAUGCUUCCUUCUCCUAUUCCAUUAUCCGCCCACUCCUAAGGGCCUUUCAUCCCUCUGAGCCCCCAGCCUGGAACUGCAGCCCAGUGUUAAAAUCUCACCUUGCAGAAAGAUGUGACUGCUGGUUUUGCUUUCUUUAAAGAUCUUCAUCUAAAGAGGCGGUGUGGAGUUUCCCGUCCAACUCCCGUUUAGGGAGCCCUUUGUAGGGAGGCCUCAAGUCAUCUUCCCCGAGUUACAGUAUGUGAGUCCCAUUUUACAACUUGCCCAAGAUCAAACUGCUUGUUCAAGCUGGUUUCAACUCCAUCUGGCGGGUCUGUAAACUUCCCGCUACGCCUACCUGAGGGCAAACCUGAAGCCACAUCGAGAUGGAAGAGUAUAGAGCCCAUCCUUGCAAGAUUCAAUGAAGGUGGUCCUAUGGGAACUGCGCCAGCAGAAACAAGCUGUGUUGUAUUCCUUUGGAGAAAACUGACAGUCUCUCUCGGAAAGAAACUGGCGGGCCCUGUGAUCUUUAGAGAUGUUUAUCAAAAAGCAUGCCUACUCCCAGGCCCCUGGUUCUCGCACAAGGAAGCCUCUCUGCUUCACUGUGCGCAGGGCAGCUUUCCGCUUUUCGCUGGGCCUAAAACAAAGGCCAAGGGGUCCUGCUUCUAAGGAGCUCCGAAGAGGGCUGUGGAGGAAGUAAUGGGGGCAAAGGCCCGGCCAAGGCUGCUGCUGGCAGGUCAAAUGUCCAGUGUCCACGGUGCCCCGAGGCAAGCAGCUCUUUCCCUCCGAGGUCUGUCUGCUGAGUAUCUGGGGAGGCCAGGUGCAGGGUGUCAGUAGUCAGCACUGGCAAGAAACUGCAGGUGGAGGGUUACGCAUCUGCCAGCGCCCCUCUCCCUUUUCCGACAGUGACCGGCCUCCCCCCGCAGUCCCGUGGGCAGACGCUCGCUGUGGCCGCGUGUAGGGAGGCUGAGGCGGGUCGCUGCGCUGCUGGGCGCGUGGGUGCAGGUUGAGCGCGGGGGGGAACAGAACGAGUCGGUGGGAAAAGAGCGCUGCGCCCUGCUGCUUGAUCCUCGUCCCCGCCCCCUCCGCCACAAGGGGACCCAGGCAACGGUGCACUCCCUGGGGUGGCUGGUCCUCAGGGCCCCACAGCCUGGGAUCCCCGCCGCCUCCACCCCCAGCUUUGGCCCUUGGGCUCCGAGAACCGGGCGGCGCACGGGGCGCUUGCGCGCAAGGCGGGGGCGGAGCCUGACCUCCGUUCGCUCGCCACGCGGGGGCGCCGCUCGGGGCGCGGGCGGCCUCUCUAGCACCCGGUGGGUCUCGGUGGCUGUGGCUCCGCUUCCGCUCGGAGCGCGGGCGGCCCCUCUAGCCCCCAUGUCUCGAUGGCCGGCGCCGACCCCGCCCGCCUGUCCGCUCCGUGGCGCUCGGAGGAAAUGGCUGCGAGACCCUAGAGGCCUGCGCCCCGCGGAGCCCACUCCCUGGGAACGUUCUCAAGAUAAUCUACAUUGUUAUUUGUGAGCAGUGACGGACCGCAGCAGUGUUUUGAGGCCUGGCUGUUUACUUGGACCAAGUGAUUGUAUUGGCCAGGUUUUUGUGGUAUUUAGGACAUCCAGAACAAGUGGCCAGGCUUUCAGUGUUGGGGCAGUCCUUCCCCUAGGAUGGAACACGGCAUAAAAUCUGAGUCGUUAUUAGCAGUUAAAUGUGAUUGAAGCCUGGACAGCUUGGAAAAAAAUUUCUCAAGGUAUGGAUGAGAAAGGUGACCCGAGCAAUGAGGACGCACCCAAGGCCAUCAAACCCACCAGUAAAGAGUUCAGGAAAACAUGGGGUUUUCGAAGGACCACCAUUGCUAAGCGGGAGGGCGCUGGGGACGCAGAGCUGGACUCUCUGGAGCAGCAGCCCCGGCAGCAACAACAAAGCCUUUCCCUGCGACGCAGUGGGAGACAGCCAAAGCGGACUGAGAGAGUGGAAGAAUUUCUCACAACAGUCCGACGCAGAGGAAGGAAGAAUGUUCCUGUCUCCCUUGAGGACUCCAGUGAGCCAACAUCUUGUCCAGUUACAGAUGUGGAAACAGCCUCUGAAGGGAGCGUAGAAAGCACCUCUGAAAUGAAAAGUGGGUCCAAGUCUGGCUCCAGGGGUGUUAAGGAACGACCAGCCUCCUCUGCAAAGGCCAAAGGAGGUGAUGAUGAGGACGACACCUCUGAUAGCGACAGUGAUGGAUUGACUUUGAAAGAACUUCAGAAUCGCCUACGAAGAAAGCGAGAACAAGAGCCUGCCAGCAGGCCCCUGAAGGGUAUCCAGAAUCGCCUGAGGAAGAAGCGUCAGGAGGAGGAUCCUGCGGAAAUUGUGGACGUGGAGGCAGGCGAUGCCGCGGGAAGCUCACUUUCUGGCACACAGGAGCCCGAGGCUGCCCAGGGGCCCGUGUCCCAGGGGGCGAAGGACGAUAGAGAGAGUCAGUUGGAAGGGAAAGCAGCUCAGGGAAUGAAAGAUGAAGAACCUGGAGCCUCGGUCAGACACAAGCCCGAGUGUGAGGUUUACGACCCCAACGCCCUGUACUGCAUGUGCCGUCAGCCCCACAACAACAGGUUUAUGAUUUGCUGUGACCGAUGUGAAGAAUGGUUUCAUGGUGACUGUGUGGGCAUUUCUGAGGCUCGAGGGAGGCUCUUGGAAAGGAACGGGGAAGAUUACAUCUGCCCAAACUGCACCAUUCUGCAAGUGCAGGAUGAGACCAGCACAGAAACCGCAGGUCAGCAGGACACGAGAGUUAGACCUGCAGAUGCUGAUGGCACAGACUUUACCAGUAUAGGAACAGUAGAGCAGAAAUGUAGCGAAGACCAAGGAAUAAAGGGUAGAAUUGAGAAAGCUGCAAACCCAAGCGGCAAGAAAAAACUCAAGAUAUUCCAGCCUGUUGUAGAGGCUCCUGGUGCCUCAAAGUGUAUUGGCCCUGGGUGUUCUAGCGUGGCGCAGCCUGACUCGGUUUACUGCAGCAAUGACUGCAUUCUAAAACAUGCUGCAGCUACCAUGAAAUUUCUAAAUUCAGGUAAAGAACAAAAACCAAAACCUAAAGAAAAGACCAAGACGAAGCCAGAAAAGCUCAUUCUUCCAAAAUGUAGUGUUCAGGCAGGCAUUAAAAUCUCUUCUGUGCACAAGAGACCAGCUCCAGACAAGAAAGAAAACACCGUGAAGAAGGCGAUGGUGGCCCCUUCUAGGAGUGAGGUCCUUAUUAAGGAAACAACUUGUGAAAGCAGCACGCCGUCCUGGGCAAGCGACCACAAUUACAAUGCAGUGAAGCCAGAACAGACUGCUGCCCCCUGGCCAUCACUGUUGUAUAAAUCCAUGAAGGAGGACAGACGCUUGGAGGAGCACACAGCCAUGGCGGCUGCAGCACCCAAGAAAACGGCUCCUCCAGGGUCUUCGGUGGGCAGCCGACAGCCUUCGUCCAGGAAUCUAGUACCAAAGAAGCCACCUCAUUUUGCAAACAUGGCGGCAGCCAAAUCAGCUAUCAAAAAGUUGCCCUCAGGCUUCAAGGGUACCAUACCCAAGAGGCCGUGGCUCCCGGCCGCCAGCGGUGUUUCCGCUGCCAAGCAGGCAGGGCUGGCGCCUGUCACUACCACAGCAGCUUCUAAAAAGUUGCCGGGCUCUGCUGCUUUGGUGGGAGCCAUCAGGAAGCCGGUGGCAAGCUCUGCUCCCUUGGCCUCUACAGCCCCAGGACGCCUGGGGACCUCAAGCCCUGCCCCAUCACAGCCAAAUUCGCAAAUUCGGCAAAAUAUAAGACGCUCCCUGAAGGAGAUUUUGUGGAAAAGAGUCAGUGACAGUGACGACUUAAUCAUGACAGAAAACGAGGUCGGCAAGAUCGCCCUCCACAUCGAGAAGGAGAUGUUCAACUUGUUCCGAGUUACAGACAAUCGCUACAAGAGUAAAUAUCGCAGCAUCAUGUUCAACCUCAAGGAUCCCAAAAACCAGGGACUCUUCCAUCGUGUUCUACGUGAAGAAAUCUCUUUGGCAAAACUUGUGAGAAUGAAGCCAGAAGAACUUGUAUCUAAAGAGCUUUCCGUGUGGAAAGAGAGGCCGACAAAACCUGUGAUGGAACCCCGCCCUAAACUGCACAAUGAAAGUAAGAAGACUGCUGCAAAGCAGGAGGUGGUUCCCGACAUGGAAGACUCGCCACCAGUGUCGGACUCAGACGAACAGCAAGAGUUAGUGCGAGCCGCCCCUGAGAAAAGCACAGCGCCCCUUCUCGACGUCUUCAGCAGUAUGUUGAAGGACACAACGAGCCAGCACCGGGCACAUCUGUUUGAUCUGAACUGUAAAAUUUGUACAGGUCAGGUUCCAUCAUCAGAAGACGAACCAGCUCCGAAAAAACAAAAGUUGUCAGCUUCUGCUAAGAAGGAAGAGUCAAAAUCCAAGUGUGACGCUUCUCCCUCCGACCUGGUUCUCAGCUCAGCUGAUGAAGUGAUGCCAGACACUCUGCCUGAAAAUGCCUCUGAACCCGACCUGGAGAGUGCGUCUCAUGCACACCUGGAGAGAAAGUAUUGCCCUGUGCCUCCAGGAGAUGGCCACCCUGAGCCCUCCACCCUGGAAGGCCACUCCUCCUGCCCAGCCUCCAGUGGGGGUGGGGUGCUCACCACGGUCACUGUGUCCGGUCGAGACCCCAGGACUGCACCAAGCGGGUCGUGCACAGUCGCAGUCCCCACAGCAGCCCACCUGGACAGCACCCACCCGGUGGAACCUCGACAAGACGUCCUGAAGCCUGCGGCAACCUCUGUGACGGUGCCCAAGUCCAUACUAGCCAAGCCGUCCUCGUCCCCCGAGCCCAGAUACCUCCUGUCGGUCCCACCCUCACCAGGCAUCAGCAUCUCAGAGUCACGUUCCCCUCCAGAAGGAGAUACAACCCUCUUUUUGUCUCGACUCAGCACCAUUUGGAAAGGAUUUAUUAACAUGCAGAGUGUAGCGAAAUUUGUCACUAAGGCAUAUCCUGUCUCUGGAUGUUUUGAUUAUCUCAGUGAGGACCUGCCGGACACGAUUCACAUCGGUGGAAGGAUUGCACCCAGGACAGUCUGGGAUUAUGUCGGCAAACUCAAGUCUUCCGUGUCUAAGGAGCUGUGUCUGAUCCGCUUUCACCCCGCAACAGAGGAAGAGGAGGUGGCCUAUAUCUCUCUCUACUCCUAUUUUAGCAGCCGUGGCCGCUUCGGCGUUGUAGCUAAUAACAGCAGGCACGUCAAGGACCUCUAUCUGAUCCCACUGAGUGCGAAGGACCCCGUUCCAUCCAAACUCUUGCCCUUUGAGGGACCAGGUCUUGAGUCACCACGUCCAAACAUAAUCCUUGGGUUAGUAAUCUGUCAAAAAAUAAAACGUCCUUCAAAUGCUGGAGAAUUAGACAAGACAGAGGAGAAGCGGACCAGACUGCAGGCACAGGAAGAAAUGGAUGUUUCAGCCUAUCCCAAAAUGCCUCCAGCACCGCCGUCUGAGAAGAAGCCCCCCAAGUAUCAGCUCUGCCCUGGGGAGACGGCUGUCAGCACCACACCCCCGGGCUCACCUCCACCCCCGCCCCCGCUGCCAGAACCACCAGUUGCACCAACUUCAUCAUCGGUGUUAAAAAUACUGUCAUCCCUCAAACCAGGAGCCACGAACACCGUCACGGUGUCACCCGCACCAGCGACGGUUACAGCAGCCGCUUCCUCUGUCACUUCCUCUGCUCCGAAAACAGCUUCGCCCCUAGAACAUAUCCUGCAGACUCUCUUUGGAAAGAAGAAAUCAUUUGACCCUCCCACCAAAGAGCCUGUGGAGCCCGCCUCAGCCUCCCACCACGACUCCAGGGCCAAGGCUGAGGGCGGGCUUCCGGCAGCGCCUUUACUAGAUCCAAUCGUCCAGCAGUUUGGUCAGUUCUCAAAGGAGAAAGCUCUGGAGGAAGAGGAAGAUGACAGACCGUAUGACCCUGAAGAGGAGUAUGGACCUGAGCGAGCCUUUGACACUCAGGCCAGCCAGCGAGGGAGACGCCAUGACGGGGAAAGGGCCCCUGAGGCCGCCGAGCGGGAGGAGGUGGCAUACGACCCGGAGGACGAGACGAUCUUAGAAGAAGCCAAAGUGACGAUUGACGACCUGCCCAAUAGAAUGUGUGCAGACGUGAAAGGCAGCUCAACAGAGAGGCCUGCUGAGUAUGCUGCCGACGUCUCAACUCCCUCCUUGGUUGAGCAACAAAAAAUGAUAGAAGAGCUGAAUAAACAGAUCGAGGAGCAGAAGAGACAAGUCGAAGAGCAAGAAGAAGCUCUUCGACAGCAAAGGGCCGCCGUCGGGGUCUCCAUGGCUCACUUCUCCGUGUCAGACGCGCUGAUGUCUCCGCCUCCAAAGUCCUCGCUGCCCAAGGCCGAGCUGUUCCCGCAGGAGCCGCAGGCUACAGGCAAGUCAGCUGUGCUCCCUGCCACCAGUCAGGGAGCGGGCCCAAGCUCUGACCCAAGACAGAGUCGCGACCCCCGGCAGGCCAGGCGAUUAGCUGCCGAGAGCAGCGAGAGUGAGCCGGGCUCAAAGCCUCCAGCCAGCAGUGCACGCAGCGCCCCACCAAUGAGAGACGCGCCCGGAGGGCCCGCUGCCGGCCAGGGUCCUGUGCCAGCUCAGGAAGAAAAGGAGUCGGCUGCUCCGCUGUGGCCUCCAGGUGAAGAGGCUCCCCUCCUGACCAAGCAGGACGGCCCCCAGCGUGAGUCCUCAGAAAGCCCAGGCCAGCAGCCCGUGGAGAGCACUCACCCCACGGCAGGUGGGGAGGGCAUGUCCAGACCUGCCCGGAAGGUGCUGCUGCCCACGCCCCCGAGCACCUCCUUGCAGCCUAACCUCCCUGUGCAGAACGAGGGGCAGAAUUUUAGUUCUCCUGGAGGAAGGGAUCCUUUCUCAAGUGCAGUAUUUACAUCUCAGCAAAAAUCCCUUGGUUCGUCCCCGUAUGAGGAUCCAAGAAAUGCUCAGUUUCCUGAAAAAAGUGACCAUCUGGCAGUUGAAACUGAAGGAGACAGAGAGCCACAGUCCAGACCUGGCGAUGGGACCACCACAUUCCCCACACCUGGACAGAAAGGAGGGGCCCCUCCGCCCCAGUUUCAGGGCCAGCGUGAGCCCACACCACGCACUUUUGGAAUGUCAGGGCUUCAUGGCCCAAAUUUCCCAGGACCAAGGGGAGCAGUCCCUCCGUUUUCAGAAGAGAAUAUCAUUUCUAACAGCGAUGGGCCGCGAGGGCCACCGCCAGCCAGAUUCGGGGCCCAGAAGGGGCCUAUUCCUUCCCUAUUCUCAGGGCCACAUGGGCCACCUCCCUACGGGGACAGCAGGGGGCCCUCCCCCUCUCACCUUGGUGGGCCCAGAGGAGCAGCACCACCCCAAUUCGAAGAACGCAAGGAUCCCCAUGGGGAAAAAAGGGAAUUCCAAGAUGCCCCGUACAAUGAGAUGGCUGGCCCUCCUGCGCAGUUUGAAGGACCAGAACAAGCCCAGUUCAUGGGAAAUAGAGGCCCAGCACCUUUCCAAUUUGGAGGCCAAAGAAGGCCUCUGCUGUCUCAGUUUAAAGGACCCCGGGGAGGACCUCCUCCCUCUCAGUUUGGAAGUCAGAGAGGACCACCCCCUGGCCAUUUUGUUGGCCCAAGGGGGCCACAUCCUAGUCAGUUUGAAACUGCCCGGGGUCCUCAUCCCAAUCAGUUUGAAGGACCCAGAGGCCAAGCACCGAAUUUCAUGCCAGGGCCCAGGGGGAUUCAGCCUCAGCAGUUUGAGGAACAAAGGGUCAAUUCACCACCGAGAUUUGCAAACCAAAGGGCGCCAGCACCCCUUCAGUUUAGUGGACCAAGGGGCUCUGCGCCUUUUCCUGAAAAAAAUGACCCUGCACCCUCCCGCUUCCACUUCCAGGGCCAGUCUGCACAGGGGAUGAAGCCUGCUCCCCGGCCCCUGCUGGAGCUCCCGAGCCACCCGCCACAGCACAGGAAGGACAGGUGGGACGAGGCCGGCCCACCCUCCUCCCUGCCCUCUGGUGGGCCUGGGCAGGGCCCCGAGGCUGAUGCUCAGUGGGCGUCCUCUGACUUCCGAGAGGGCAAAGGCCUCGAAUACAGAAACCAGACUUUUGAAGGGAGGCAGAGGGAGCGAUUUGAAGCUGGGCCCAAAGACAAACCGCUGGAUGAGCCUGAAGCUCAGCUGCCAGAGACUCGGCAGGGCCGGGCCUUCGAAGACCGCCGGCGGGAGCGGGAGCAUGGGAAGCCCUGGGACCGAGAGCGCAGCCGGAACUGGAGCCGGGAACGCGAGUGGGAGAGGGGCCGCGAGUGGGACAGACACCGAGACAAGGACUGUGGCCGGGAGCGGAGUGCCAACAGGGACCGGGAGCGGGAGUCUGAUCGCAGCCGGGAGCGCAGCAGGAACCGGGACCGGGAGCGGGACCGGAGACGGGACCGGGAGCGCGAGCGGUCUCGCAGCAGAGACCGGGACCGCGAAAAGGCCCGUGAGCGUGAGCGGGGCCGAGACCGCAAGGACCGCAGCAAAAGCAAGGAGAGCACUCGGGACCUGAAGGCCGAGGCCCCGCGGGCCGACCCCGCCGCCCAGACCUAGGCCGGUGAGGGGGCUGCGACAGGGGCCUGGGCUCCCUCGUCCUUGCCUGUGUGUCGCAGCAGGCAGCAGCCUCUGUAAAAGCCACGCUCAUAAAAUGUGUUCAACAAAUCGUCUUUGAAAUAGCUAUAAACUUAGAUGCAGAAUAGAAUAUUCUGGACUUCAAAAAUUACUGUAGUUUUGUGUAUAAUGGUUUCUUACAAAAUUUCACAUCUUUACAACUCUGAUGCUUUUUUAAAAAAAUUAAGAACUCAUUUAAUGUUUCCAUUUAAAAUUACUAAAAUGGGAAAGUAUCUACAAAAGCAUAUUGCUUUUUCAGAUUAUAGAGUUAUCUUUUCCAAUAACUUGACUAGUGUAAAUUUUAGGAGAAUUUCAGUGGAGCUCAGAGCCAUAUCUUUGCUGACGUCUCCUGUCUUUCUGUGCUCCAAAAGCUGUUGGUCCAGGUCUGACAGGCUCUCCCAGAGGGCAGUGUGCUGUGGCUGUGGGAGAACCAUGUCAGCUCGUCCCUGGAAUGGUGAGAAACACAAAACUUACAAAUGCUUUUUUCUUUUGCCAUAAAUUUGAAUGACAAAUUUCAUCCAGGAAACAAAACACAUUUCUUAGUUUUGUUCCGUUUUUAUUAUCACCUCAUACAUUUUUUUCAAAAACAUGAUUAAAAGCAACAUCUGCUAGAGUAGAAAUUGUUGCAUUUUAAAUAACAAUUUAUUGAAAGAAGUUCAAAUUUUACCAGCCUAAAGAAAGUGAGGAAAUAAACCAAUUAAGCGUACUUUAAAAGGCGGGGGUGGGUUUCUUUGAUCUGAAUAUCAGGAACGUGUUCGUGGAACUCCACCAUCUCAGCAGUUCUUCCUGUGUCCCGGGAAAGUGCACAGCUCCAGACCGUUCUGUGUGUCAGGUGGUAAAUUUUAAAGUUUGUCAUUGAAAAUGGAACAAUAUUUGUAUAAAAUGAGAUGAAAAAUAGUGAUAUUAGUUCAAGAACUACAAACUAGAAAGCUUUUCACUGUGAAAUGCAGUGCACUGCUUCUUGUCAUGUAUUUUUCAAGUACUUCUGAAGUGUGAAAUAGAGAAAACCUUGCUAAUUUAUUUGACUGUACAAAUACACUUUGAUAAUUUUUUUAUAUUUUCAUAAACUUACUUUUACAAAUGUAAAAUUAGAGAAUUUCAUUUGUUGUUUGGAGUCUAUUAUUCCAUUGUACAUCACUACAGAUUUUUCACUUCCUAGCACAAAUGUUUAAGUUAUGAAACGAGAACGUAGCAAUUUGGGAUGAUCGGUUUAUAAACCAAGUAUCAGUAGGUUAAAUUACAUUAAGGUGGUGUCAAGUCCCAACAUUUAAUAUGAUGUGAAGGUUUUUUACAUGUAAAACAAAUUUUUCUAAUUUAAAUACACAAAUGUAAAAAUCAAGUGUGUUUCUUUAGUUUUACUUGAUAGAAAUUUCUGUAAAUUGUAUUUUAUAUUGCAAAGUAUAUCACUGUACAUUAAAACGUGGAACUUCAUAGGUUUUGUUACUUGAAGUAGAAUAAACAUCUACGGAAGGUUGUC